AUGGUGGAGCUGCGUAACGAAGAUCCACGUGCCUUCCAGAACUUUAUGAGAAUGCCCCCAGACAUGUUUGACGAACUGGUGAACCGGCUCACUCCUCGACUGCUCAAGACACAGACCAACUUCAGAGCGAACUUAGAGCCUGGACUCAAAGUGGCCAUAACCCUACGCCAUCUUGCCUCUGGUUCAAAAUACAGGGACAUGCAGUACGGUUGGAGGGUCCCUCACAACACAAUCAGCAAAGUUGUCAGAGAAGUAUGUACAGCCAUAUCAGAAGAGUACCUUGAUGAACAGAUGACUUGCCCUACCAACGAUGAACAAUGGCGUGAAAUUGCCAAUGACUGGUUGCAGAGGUGGAACUUUCCUCACAUAAUCGGCGCUAUUGAUGGCAAGCACGUGGCAUGCAAAGCUCCCCCAAACUCAGGCUCGGAAUAUUACAACUACAAGGGCUUUUUCAGUAUCAUUUUAGUUGCCCUGGUCAGUUCUGACUACAAGGUUCUUUGGGCUGACGUAUCAGGAAACGGUUCCGCAUCAGAUGCUCAAAUAUACAACCAAAGUGAGCUGAAGCAAGGUCUCGAGAACGGCGACAUUAUGGGUUGA